GUCGGUGUUAAGCUAGUAAGGUCGGUCUUUUUAUAAGCUAUGGUUCUUGAUGGGAUUGUAUCAUCACCAUUACGGAGGCCACAUGCGCUAAAGAAGCAAUGGGAUGACUUGGGUAGCUGCUCUACUGUUGUUCAGAGGCAUCGUUUCCUUUUGACUGCUAUGCUUCUUUUGGCCUUCCUCUGCACUAUUUAUAUCUAUUUUGCCGUCACACUAGGCGCUAGGCACUUGUCCUGUUCUGGGAUGACUGGUAAGGAGAAGGCAAUUUGUCAAAUGGAACACGUCCAAGCCAGUUUCUCCAAAGGAAAACUUAAAUUCUUGUAGAGUCUCAGCCUAACCUGAUUGAUUGCAAUGUCUGUGUAAACGGCCUAGAGAAUCUACUCUUACCUUAUUCUACUGGGAUUAUGUCUCAAGAUUCACAAUUAUUGUACAAAUAUGAAUCUUCUAUAAUGGAACAUAUGCUACAAGUUUUUGAGAA